AGCCACGCCCCUACUGAAAAAAACUGGAGGGGCCAUCAAAGGAGCAGCGAUUUACGGCUCCUGGAGAAUGACCGUCAGCUCGGUGACGCUUCGCGCAGUGAAGGGAAAACUUUCACCUCUCUAACAAAGCAGGCGGUCUUCCUUUUUCCUGAGUGGAAGUGGGAUUCGAGGAGCCACAAAAGUUGAAGGAAUCAGGGUGUUUGCUGCUUUGAGGUUUUCGAGUGAGCAUGUCGUCUGAGGCCGCGCCCAUCCAGGAGCCCCGACCCACCACCCCGCCGAUGCCCUCUCCCAGAUCCCCAACAUCUCCUGAGUCCCUGAGGCCUCCGGCCGGCAGGCAGAGAGAACGCUCCUCCUCCCCCAUGAGAGGCUACCUCAUCCCCAGCCCCCUGCCCACCCGCAGGAACAGAACCUACUCUGCGACGGCCCGAGCUUCAGAGGGUCCCGUCUUCACCGGGGUCUGUAAAUGCUUCUCGCGCUCCAAAGGCCACGGCUUCAUCACGCCGUCGGAUGGCGGCAGCGACAUCUUCGUCCACAUCUCUGACAUUGAAGGAGAGUAUGUGCCGGUGGAAGGAGACGAAGUGAGCUACAAGGUCUGCGCCAUCCCCCCCAAACACGAGAAGGUGCAGGCGGUGGAGGUCGCCAUCACCCACCUCAAACCGGGAACCAAGCACGAGACCUGGGGAGGGCACAUCAUCAGCAGCUGAACGGAGAGCUCAACCAGAUGGGACGGGGGUGGGGAGCAGGAGAGAGAAGAGUGGGGCAUGGGGGGGUGGAGGACAAAGCUAACUAGUGACGUAUGUGGAGUACAAAACACAAAUCCUUUCCAUCUCAUUCAUAUCUGCUGGUGUUGAAAUGGGGAUGGGGGUGGGGAGGGGGGUGUUUGAAGAUCAUGUUUGAAAGACUAAACUAGAUUUAACCGUUUCUGAUUUCCUGGCUUCAGGAAUAAUUUUUUUUGUGAAGUGAUGCUCUUCCUGCAGCGAGGAUCUUUGUUUCCUGACAGACUGCUGACAUGUUUUUCUGUAGAAGCUGUAACGAUGUUUGCUGUUAAAAGUGGAAUAAAGACUUCAUCUGCUGAA